AUGGAAGAAGUAAACGAUUUUGAAAUGGUUAAUCCUGAGAGUGAUCAUAUAUUAGGAUCUGGAUCCCAUGAUCUAGAGUCAUCUUCCGAAAGUCCUUACCCAGGGAUACCAACUACCAGUGAACCUCCAUUGUCAAAAAGAUUUAGAGAGGAAAUCAGACAACAUCAUGCGCAUCUGCAGGUCUGGCAAAGACCAAGUCUUCUAGUGAUCUGCACGAUUAUUGGCUUAUACUGUUUAUCCGAGAUGCUAUUUAUUACACCAAUGAUUUCGCUUUCAUUGAACAAAGUCUGUGAGGGUUUAGAACAGGAUACGGACCCAAAGACAUCCUCAUUGUGUGAUAUGAGUCAAGUUCAAACAACAUUGUCAUUUAUUACCUGCUUUAAAAUGAUUUUAUGUAACUUAAUUAGUCUUGUUGUUGCAGGAAAGAUUGGUCCAUUAUCGGAUAGAAUAGGUAGAACUAAAAUAUUCGUAUAUAUGGGUCUCGUAACAAUUAUUGGUAAUACAAUUAGUGCUUUCUCCGUAUCUUCCUAUAUAGGGACACAUAUCUACUUCAUCAUAUUUGCAGGAUCAAUGACAUCAUUUACUGGGGGUACUUUUGCAGUAGCAGCUAAUAUCAACAGUUAUAUUACUGACGUUAUUGAACCAGAUGACCGAACUGUCAGUAUGGGUACUAUUGGUAGUAUAAUGCAUGCUACAGCAGGGUUAGCACCAUUAUUCAGUUCCUUUUUAAUUAAAGCUAAUAAUGGGAAUGAUAUGGUAUCAAUAUAUUGUUCAAUGUUUGCAAUAAUAUUAUUUACCUUGGUUUGUGUGUUUUUCAUGAAGGAACCAAGACAUCCUGAAGCCAUGGAAAUUUCGCAAGCUUCAUAUAAAAAGAGACAAGAAUCUAUGGAAAGUACACAUUCUAUCAAAUUAGGCGGAUCAAAUACAAUUAUAUCUAAAUUAAAACAAACUAUCCAUUUCAAAAUGGUUCAAUUCUUUGAUGUAUUUUCACCAUUGAAAGAAUUAUGGUUACCACCAACAAGCCAAGGUUCUUUAAUACCAAGAUACAAUGUAUUACUAUUAGUUGUUGUGGAUUCGUUAGUCGUAUUAAUUAGAGUAGCUAUCAUGCCUGCAUUAAUUCUUUUCACUACAUAUGAAUAUGGUUGGAAAUCUGUUGAAAUUGGCUAUUUUAUAUCAUUCUCUGGAAUAAGUAAUGCUAUCAUUCUAGCUGUAUCAUCAUGGUGUGUCAAGAGAUGGUUCCAAAAGAAACAUAAGAAAUUGAAUUAUUCUGUAGAUCGCAUUGAUAUUACAAUUUUUCAAUUUGGUUUUAUAUGCUUCUUUAUUGGCACCCUAGUAUUUAUGACAAAUGCUUCAAACUAUAAGUAUUUACUAAUAGACGUGAUUAUUAAAUGUAUCGGCAGUGUAAUAGAUCCAUCUCUGCAAUCAGCAAUAGCGAAAUAUUACGGUACAAAUACAGGUCAAUUAUUUGGAGCACUUGCAUUAUUACAUAUUAUGGGUAUGCUAGUCUUACCAGCUAUCAUGUUAGGAAUGUACGGUGCAACUGUGUCAUUUAAACCAGAAGCAUUCUUAUAUUUACCACUAAUAGCAUCCAUUAUAGGUUUUACAUUGACAUUUUUCUUAAGGGUGAUUUACAUUGAGGAGCCCCUUUUUAAGGAAACGGAGAUUGACCAUGAUGGUGACAUCAUGAAUGACAACGACUCACAGGUUGAGAAUUUAACAUAA